AUGAAUAGUAUGUAUUAAAUGUAUUUAUAGUUUAGUUCAGACAUGUUCGAGCAAGAUGAUCUAGUCAUUCAUGAUCCAGUUACAAGCAAUCCUUCACAAAAGGAAAUAACUCCUUCCAGAAAAGAUCAAGAUAAGCUCAAAGAUCUUUCUACCAUCAAGUGGUUAAGGUAAAGAUAUUAAGCCAAGGCAAAAGAGUAGUACUUAUAUAACAACAAUGACAUAAAAAGGUGUGAUGAAAUAGUUUAAAUAUUCUAGAAAUUCGAUGAAGAUAAAAGUGGAACUCUAGAAAUAGAGGAGCUUUAUGAGAUGUUUAAUUAAAAUGACAUUUUAAUUACUAAGGAGGAGUUACAAGACAUAUUCAAAGUAGUUGAUGAAGACGGUUCAGGCUAACUAUCAAUAGAUGAAUUUAAAAGAUUCAUUCUUUCAACAUAAAACAAACAGCAUUUUAGAGCAAUAAUGAGGUAAAUUGAUAUUGAUACUUCAGAACUACACGCUGAAAAUACUUCCCUAUCAAAUAAGGUACGAGGCUAAUCUAAGGAGCCACCUGUAGAAAUUUAGGAUUAUAAUGAUAAUUACGUUCUAAAUAGAUAAAGUCCAGGGAAAGUUCUUUAAUAGAUUGAUGAAAUAGAAUAAAAAAGAUAUGAAUAGCAAUCUUUUGAUAAGAGUCAGACCUCUUCUAAACUUGAAGCAAAUUAGCUUUUUUCUAGCAAAGGCUUAGACUAUUAUUAAAAAUUAAAGAUUAGAAAACUUAGGAAAAAGAUCAGUAACGCUUUACAUAAAAGUAGAUAAUCUAAUAGUCAAUCGAGCUACUAAAAACUUUUAGAGGAUUCUCACGUGCUGGCUGUGUCAAAAAAACUGGAUAAUACUUAAAGUAUUUAAAAUAUACUAAGGCAUCAAAGGUAAAGUUAUUAGCAAGAGACCAAUGCCUAGCAUAAACUCUCACAAAAUUGCCUAUAAUCAUCUAGCAACUAAAACAUCUAUCUAACUUAAAGAUCAUCAUAUGAUCAGGAAAUUUUCAAGAAUUUCAAACUUGAAAAUACUAAAUCUUUAAUUCGUCUAAAAGAAGAGGAUAGAUUAAUUAAAAAAUCAGUAAUUACAAAACUUUAGCCUUAGAUUAACUAGCGGUCUGAAAGAUCUCACUUAGUUAAGAAUGAUUAGUAAAAGAGUGACUUCUUUAUAUACCCAUAUGAUGAUAAUAAGGGCUCUCAAUAUCUCAAUAAAAAGUAAAAGCACAAGAUCCUGCUACCUCACCUUAAGACAUAGCUUUAGUCAUAUUCAAGCAAAUUAAUGCCUAAAUAGGACAGUAUUAAUGAUUAUCAAUUUACUGAUAAUUAGAGUACAGAGAGAUAGCCAUAAUCUUAUCUUGACAACAUCUACAAAUCAUCAAAUUUAUCUCUUAAAUAGUCUCAUAGGAUACUUAACAGGAGCGAGAAUAGAGACUUUGAUCAUCUUGAGAGUCUAAAUGAGAAACUGCCUAAUGGAAGCAUGAUUAGAUAUCAGCAAAAAUAGGUAAAGUUUAAUCAAACUUCCAACAAUGACUUAAGCAGAUCUGUUAUGAUAUUGUAGCCAGCAUUCGUCUAGAAUAAAAAAGUCAAUCUUAGCACUGAUGUGACAUUAUUCUCAAUGAAAGCAAAAAAUUGA